AUGAGUUCUCACAAUACAUUCAGUCAGACCUCUUCUAGUUAUUUAGAGCUUCUCAACAGUCAAGGAGAGUUUCUUAACCAAGAUGGUGCUUAUGAAAUACCUCCUUGGAGCUCUCAACAAUCCCAGGAUGAACCUCUUUCUCAAGAUACACCGGCUAAGAAGGAUAGGAAGAAAUGGCAUCCGGCUGACGAUGAAACUCUUAUCAGUGCAUGGCUGAACACUUCAAAGGAUCCGGUGAUUGCAAAUCAACAAAAGGGAGGGAGCUUUUGGCAAAGGGUUAACAAAUACUACGCAGAAACUCCUCACGCCAUAGCCAAAGGUGAAAACGAGAUGAACAUAAACUGUAAGCAGAGGUGGUUUAGGAUCAACGAGUUCACUAACAAGUUCUGCGGGGCUUACGCAGCUGUACAGAGACUAAAUAGCAAUGGACACUCUGAGAACGAUGUGUUGAAGAUGGCUCACGACAUCUACUUCNUAGAGACUAAAUAG